CAGUAGUUGUUAAAAGGAGUUUUCCCCGUCUUAGGGUUUUCUCACUUGCCCUCUCAACUCGUGUUCGAUUUGGGAUUGUAGAGCAGGAAAGAGAGAGAAAGAUGGGUCAUUCGAACGUAUGGAACUCACACCCUAAGAACUAUGGCCCUGGAUCACGUACCUGCCGUGUUUGCGGAAACCCACAUGGGUUGAUCAGGAAGUAUGGGCUCAUGUGUUGCAGACAGUGCUUCCGCAGCAAUGCUAAGGAAAUUGGCUUCAUUAAGUAUCGUUGAGGAGGAAAGCGCUUACUGCUAAGCCGCUCAGCAUAGGAUGAAUCCUAAAUGGAGAAAUUUUCCCUUUUUGCCUUUUUUAUUUCAUUUUCCGGAAUUGGCUUUAAAUUGUCACCAGAAAUCAUUCUUAUUAAACAUUAAAAAUUUGAACUUAUAAAUUGUUAUUUUUAUAACCAUUUGACUGCCCUUUUUUAAUAUUU